AUGCCGUGGAAACCGUCUGAGAAGCUCAUGCAAACCAUAGGGCACUAUGCAAGUUUUCCACCCACGGGUGUGAGUCUUCGUCAGAUGGUCCAGUUCGGCGAGAAACCUUCAACUGGAACGCUCUUUCGUGCCUCCCAAUUUCUCUCCGAAGAGCUUCCAGUCCGCCUUGCACAUCGUGUCGAAGAGUUGGGCAAGUUACCAGAUGGACUCAAUGAGAUGGCCUCCAUCAAAAAGGUUAGGGACUGGUACGCUCAAUCGUUCGAAGAAAUCACAACCCUCCCGCGACCCCAGUUAGAUGCAGAGACGAGAGACCGCCUUCUCAACCCACCCAAGAAGGCCGGCACCAAACUAGCCUCUACCACCCAAAACCCAAGCCUCAAACGAGACACCAAUGGCAAUGGCAGGAACGGAAUGAACUCUCGCCGGUAUUACGCUGCUUUGGAUGAUGGCAAAGAGUGGCCUCCCAUUCUGGCAGAAUACAAUCGAAAAUUCUCUCGCACCCUGGAAAUCAUCAAGAGAAGACAUGACGCGGUUGUCACUACGGUGGCUCAGGGUAUCAAUGAAUGGAAGCGAAAACAACAACGAUUGCAAAUUGAUUCCUCUAUUCAAUCCUUCCUGGAUCGCUUCUACAUGUCCCGUAUCGGCAUUCGAAUGCUUAUUGGGCAACACAUUGCCUUGACGGAUCAGACCACUCACGGACAUCCCAACUAUGUCGGCAUAAUAUGCACAAAGACAAAUGUGAAGGAACUUGCGGAAGAGGCGAUUGAAAAUGCGAGGUUCGUCUGCGAAGACCACUAUGGCUUGUUCGAUGCCCCGAAAGUCCAACUGUUCUGUCCACCCAAUCUGAAUUUCAUGUACGUCCCCGGCCAUCUGUCACACAUGCUUUUCGAAACUUUGAAGAAUUCUCUUCGAGCCGUCGUCGAGACCCAUGGAGCAGAAAAGGAGGAAUUCCCCGUGACAAAAGUCAUCGUCGCCGAGGGAAAAGAGGAUAUCACCAUCAAAAUCAGUGACGAGGGUGGAGGAAUUCCCCGAUCCGCCAUCCCGCUCGUCUGGACCUAUAUGUAUACUACAGUCGACACCACACCAGAACUGGAUCCGGGUUUUAACGCUAGCGACUUUAAGGCCCCGAUGGCUGGUUUUGGAUAUGGACUACCUAUUUCACGCUUGUACGCCAGAUACUUCGGAGGAGAUUUGAAGUUAAUAUCUAUGGAAGGCUAUGGAACUGACGUCUAUCUUCAUCUUAACCGACUUUCCUCGUCAUCGGAACCUCUGCAAUAA